AUGUCUCAACAGUCAAACCCUCAACCUCCCUCAAAAAUGUUUGCUUCCUCUACUCAUGUUCAAGACACAAAGGAUGUACCCAUUAACCCUAAUGUGAUUCUCGAGGUCACCCCUUUACAAAUGGUGACUCCAGACGAUCUUGUGGCAAAGAAGCCAAGGACAUCGCAUGCACGGAGAACCAAAGAAACAACAAGGAGACCUAAAAGGCCUAAUUUUGAUCAGACUUCUCAAUCGUCGGUUCCUCCCUCUAGGGAAGAAUUAAGUAAACAAUGUUAUAGUGGUAAUGUUGUUGACUCUAUCCAAGCAAAUGAUGAUAUGGAUACGACUGUUCAUGAAGAAAAUGUUGUUGAUAAUGAUGUUAAUGAUGCUGUCAAUAUAAAUGAUGUUGUUAAUAUGUAUGUGAGUAUGGAUGAGAAUAAUAAGAAUGAUGAUGUGGUAGAGACUAUUGGUAAGGAAGAUGUUAUUGCUGAUGAUGAUCACACUGUGGUCCCUGUUGAUGUUUUGAAUGAUGAAGAUGUACCUAGUAAUGCUUCUGCUGAGAAGGAUGAGGGCCACACUGAAAGUGGUCAAACUAAAGAGAGAGAACCUGAGAAGAUCCAUGUUAAUAAAGUAAUCAACCUUGAUGAUCUCUCUGAUGAUGACUUGGUUGCUUCUAUCAAUUCAAGCAUAGCCAAAAGGCUUAUGAGGAGGAAAGGGAAGCAAGCUGUGGAUGAGGACUCUUUGAAGAAAAAGGUUAAGGUUAAGCCCACUUCUGUUGGUCCCAAGAAAUCACGGAGCAAAGUGGUGCCUAAGAAGAGAAGGCUAGAAUCAUUAUUGAGAAUGAGUCAGAUUCUGAUGUUGUUGUGGAUGUCAAUGACAUCCAUCCCAAGAAGAAGAUGGAAAUUUAUCUAUCAGAAAAGACUGGCCUUAGAGAGGGAGCUUACAACGAAUGCUCUUGAGUGUGAAGAGAUUGUUAAUAUCAUUCAUGAAGCUGGGCUGAUAAAAACUGUGACUCAAUUCUCCAAGUGUUAUGAAGUCUUUGUGAAGGAGUUCAUUAUGAACUUACAUGAAGAUUGUGGCAACAAGAAAGCUUAG